UCAAAUCAAAUAAAUUUAAAUAAGGUCUCUUCGGGAAAGAGGACGGCUUCACCACGGCCAACUCAAAUUCACAAGUUAUAUUAAUUUAAAUUAGAAAAAUAAUAACAUAAUACAGAAAAUGUCGAAAGCAUACAAGGCCGUAGUCUUAUUUGCUGACAGAUUUGUACCUCAAAAAUUGCGUCCACUAUGGGAACAUGAAGCAGGUCCAAAAACAAUAUUUUUCUGGGCUCCAGCCUUUAAAUGGGGCUUGGUGUUGGCUGGUUUGGGUGACUUACAGCGCCCCGUCGAGACCUUAUCCAUUCCUCAAUCAGCAUCGCUAGCUGCCACCGGGAUCAUAUGGUCACGUUAUUCGCUCGUCAUCAUACCGAAAAACUAUAGUCUAUUCGCUGUUAAUGUGUUUGUAGCUAUGACGAGCCUUUACCAAAUAGGCAGAGCUUACAGAUACGAACAAGCUUUAAAGAACAAAGCGAGCAAAUGAUUUUCAUACUCGCCGGGCCACAGGGAUUUCAUUUCGCGUUUGAUAUAGGACUAUUCAUUGUAUAGGUCAAUUGAUAACAUUUGCACUUGUCCUUUACUCUAUCAACACACCGUUUAAUUGUAAAAUGGUAGAUAGUUAUACCCACAAUAGAUUCAACACUUACUUCAAUUUUUUUUUUAAUAAUAGCGAUCAAGUGAGUCGGACUUAUGAUAUUAAGAUUUCCAAGCUAAAUGGAAUUUGGUGUGUUUUCUAAUUUUUGAAACUAGAUUUAUUAUUUUAUUAUUUGUUCAAUGUAAACCUUAUCUCUGAUAAAUUUAACUGUCUAUCACAGUAUAUAAGAUACAGCCUAGUGGCAGACAGACAAAGCCGUAUAGCAAAGUCUCAAUAAUCGGGUCCCAUUUUAACCUUUGGAUGUAGGACCCUAAAGAUUAUAAUAUACCAAAGUAUAGACAAGUGCAAAUAACUCCACUAAAGAAAUUUGUAGUUCUAUCUCAAACAACCAUUGUACAAAUUACAAGUAGUAAAGAUCAAUCUCAGUUAUAGUUAAUUUAUUUAUGAAUAUAAGCUCAAAGGGUUAACGUAGUUGCAUUUUAUCAUGAGGUAUUAAGUUUAAAAAUGUAUAGAGCUCUCAUAUGCAGGAUAGAAUAAGGUAAUGGUGCUCGAAAGUUGAUUUUAAAUCUUCGACAAUCUGUGAUAGAUAUGGAUAUGUAAUUACUAUGUAUAGAGCAUUAUUUAUAUAACUACCAUCUGAAAAUAUUAUCAACAAUCGAAAUUAGACUUCCUUUUCCUAGCCUGCGGGCAAACCACAAUAUUUAUUUAAUUUUCAGUGUUUAAAGAAAAUGUUUUUUGUAUGAUUAUAAAUAAAGAAAAGUAUUUAAAAAAAAACAGUGGAGGCUUAUUGGUGAGAACUUCGGAUAUAAAUUAACAAGUCUAAAUGUAUAAAUUAAAUUUAAUAAUAAUUUGAUUUUAAUUGAACAAUACAUCUGCUCACUAUCGCCAUCAUCAUUGCUUAAAACGGUCAUGAAAAACGUGAGGAAACCGGUAUGUCUAAGAAUCGACAGUUUUAACUUCUACAUGUGACAACUCUCAUAUGGGCUGAUGAUGGUGAACUAAAUUUUAAAGCAGCAUUUUUUAAUUAAUGAAUGAUUUUAAAUAAUGCUCUAUUAAUCAUAGAAUCAUAUCAAUUAUAAAUCAUGUUAAAUAAAGCGAUGUGAAAAAAAUGGAUGACUAUUUUUGUAACACCUUUUAUAGUUAGAAAAUAUAUUUUUCUAUUGC